AUGGAUAACGAAACGCUCAUCGAAAUGACGUCAACCCUGGCUACAGUAUUCUCGGCUACCGUAUCCCCAGACUGUAAUGUGGGCGAUCCCUAUUUGCUGGUGCCCCGAUUCUGGCUGGCGGUGGUGUUUGGAAUCACCAUCUCUAUCAUCAGCAUUGUCUUCAAUAGCUUUGUAUUUGUUAUAUUUUUUACGAAUAAACAGCACAGAAAUUCCUAUAAUCUGUACUUGCUGCUGCUGGCGAUGUUCGAUGUUUUCAUGGGAAUUUCUUAUAUAGCAGUGAUUUCAGUCAAAGUGCUCAUUAAUUGGACAGUCAGCUAUACGCUCAAAGCUAUCUGGGUGAUGUAUAUGGUGCCAAUGUUGACCGUUUCUCAUAUUGCACAAACUGCAUCUUCAUUUUUGAUCAUUUUUGCAGCAAUUGAGAGGUACUGUAUUACUGUAAACAGCGAUAAAGUGAAGUUUCUGCAAAAUCAUCGCAAAGCGAUUGUUUUUGUAGCAGUGAUGUGUGGAGUCAUAAGCAAGGGGACAAUCUUAAAGGAGAUUACGGUCGCAAGAAAUCCAGACUGUCCUGGUACGGUAGGAGAAUGGUACCUUGAGCCAUCUAGUCUUGUCAUCAAGCAUGAGCUCUUCAAUAAAAUAUGGCGAUUUUACUUUAGAAAUGUAUUCACAAUUCUUGCACCCUUCUUUAUAGUGCUCUAUCUGAACGCUGGACUUAUUUACAGGCUGCAGGAACACUCGCUAAUACUGAAGUCUGGGUCACUCGUUCAAGACAAGCAAAUUGUCAAGCAAAAGAAGGCUCGUAUUCGUGCCGCUACCCGCACGCUGGUUAUGAUUGUCUUCACAUACUUGAUCAGUAAUCUACUUUCUGUCAUAAUUACCAUAUGGGAAUAUCUCGACAGUGCUAGCCUUUUCUCGGAGCCUGUUCUCCCUUUCUAUGUCAUGUCAGUGGACGCGAUCUCGUUGCUGACAAUUGUGGCAUCGUGCUUACGUUUGCCAAUCUAUAUAACGUGUCAGCCACUGCUCAGGAAGGAAAUGUUCCAAUUUAUCUCACAAAUCUGGACACAAAAGCUUAUGUCAAGGAGAUUGACGUUGAUUGAGAAUUCACAACUUACCGCUGAGUCGCUCGUCAACAACGCCGACAACGAGUCACCAAGUUUUGGAAAGAUCGAGUUUGUGUAG